AUGAACAUUCCAUUGAGAUACAAUUUUCCUCGCUAGCUAGGAAACAUAUUUUUGCUCUGUGUGACUGGUUUGCAUAUCAUUUGCGGGUGUAGCACAUCCAGGUGGCAUAUAAAACCGCCAAUAUCCGGGAGGUGCUGAUUCAGUCCGCGGCGACUCUUUGGCUCAUUGGCAAGCAGUGCCAACCGGUGACCAUGUCGAAUUUCAGUGCCUGCGCAGUGUGCGGCGAUCAGAGCUCCGGGAAGCACUACGGCGUGUCCUGCUGCGAUGGGUGCUCCUGCUUCUUCAAGCGGAGCGUGCGGCGAGGUAGCAGCUACGCCUGUAUCGCUCUGGCCGGGAACUGUGUGGUGGACAAGGCGCGGCGGAACUGGUGCCCCUCCUGCCGCUUCCAGCGAUGCCUCGCCGUCGGAAUGAACGCCGCCGCGGUCCAGGAGGAGCGCGGUCCGCGAAACCAGCAGGUGGCUCUCUACCGCAGUGGCCGGAGACAUGCUGCGCCAUCUCAGGCGGCACCAUCCCCGACGCCCCACUCCCAGGCGCUGCACUUCCAGAUCCUUGCCCAGAUCCUCGUCACGUGCCUGCGCCAGGCGAAGGCCAACGAGCAGUUCGCUCUGCUGGAUCGCUGCCAGCAGGACGCCAUCCUGCAGGUGGUGUGGAGCGAGAUCUUUGUGCUCCGAGCGUCCCACUGGUCGCUGGACAUCAGCGCCAUGAUCGACGGCUGCGGUGAUGAGCAGCUGAAAAGGCUCAUCUGCGAGGCCCACCAGCUGAGGGCCGACGUCCUGGAACUCAACUUUUUGGAGUCCCUAAUCCUGUGCAGAAAAGAAUUGGCCAUUAGUGCAGAGUAUGCCGUUAUCCUGGGAAGCCACUCCAAUGCCGCCCUGAUCUCCUUAGCCCGCUACACCCUGCAGCAAUCCAACUACCUGCGUUUCGGACAACUCCUCCUUGGGCUAAGGCAGCUGUGCCUGAGGCGCUUCGACUGCGCGCUUUCUUGUAUGUUUCGCAGCGUGGUCAGGGACAUCUUGAAAACACUUUAGGCUCAAGUCUUCAUAUAUCUUCGAUAUUAAAGAAAAACCUAGUCUCAAAGAGGUUACUGAACAAUGACUGUUUUUCUGUUCGCCAAUUCAACCAUCUAAACUAACUUCGCUGUCAGAAGUUUACACCCAUAUCAAAAAAUGCAAUCCUAAUUUAAAAUUCUGUCAACAAUCGUACAUGGAAGCAUUUAGA